CGUGCAGUUUAUCACCAUGAGGAUGAGACAGCUCUUCCCUCCUGUUCUGCUCCUCGCACUUGUGCUGCUGGGGCAUGGCGGUCAGUGCUCGGCUGUCCCUGCUUGGGCCCAGAGAGAUGGAGUCAUUGUGCUCUCUGUCCCUGAAGUGGUUUUGUUAGAAAAUGGAAGUUCAACAAAUGUCACAAUAUCUCUGAGGGCUCCAUUAAAUGAGACGUUGGUGAUAACUCUUAAUAUUACACAUUCAUCAAAACACAGCACCAUUGUUGAGCUACCAGAUGAAAUUCAGCUGCCUGCAGGUCACACUAAGGCAGGCUUUCAAGUGAAAGCAGAUGAUGUUGGACAAGUAACAGUUUAUCUUUAUACCAGUAAUUCCAACUUAACUGGACCUAGGAUUCAAUUUCAAGUGAUUCAUAGCAUCAUAGUGAAAUAUGCUGAUGAGGUGAUUGGAUGGAUCUAUUUCCUUGCUUGGUCUAUCUCCUUCUAUCCUCAACUGUUUGAGAACUGGCGACGAAAAAGUGUUGUUGGAUUAAGCUUCGACUAUAUAGCACUAAACCUUACUGGCUUCAUAGCGUACAGUGUGUUUAAUGUUGGACUCUUCUGGAUUCCCUUAAUUAAGGAAGAAUUCUUACUCAGUUACCCCAGUGGAGUGAACCCUGUGGCUAUUAAUGAUGUUUUCUUCAGUCUCCAUGCAGUAGCUCUAACACUCCUCACCAUUAUUCAGUGCUGUAUUUAUGAGCGAGCAGGUCAGAAAGUAUCCAAAACUGUUGUUGGACUGCUGGCACUUGCAUGGAUUUUUACGUUUACAACGUUGUUUCUUGCUGCAGCUGAGGAGAUGACAUGGCUACAGUUCUUAUUCUGCUUCUCUUACAUUAAGUUAGCAGUCACGCUGAUAAAAUAUUUUCCACAGGCAUACAUGAAUUUCCGUCGGAAGAGUACAGAGGGAUGGAGCAUUGGAAAUGUAUUAUUAGAUUUCAUCGGUGGAAGCUUCAGCCUUCUGCAGAUGUUUUUGCAGUCAUACAACAAUGAUGAAUGGAAAUUAAUCUUUGGAGAUCCAACCAAGUUUGGCCUGGGUGUCUUCUCCAUCAUCUUCGAUAUUGUUUUUAUGGUUCAGCACUACUGCCUUUAUAGGAGAUGGGGGUAUGAACCUUGUGAAUAACAUCUCUGAACAUUAAAAACUUUCAACUGAACUUGCCCCUUCCUGGCCAAGGGAUUUGAAGAUGCCUACUACCAGUUAUCAGAAAUACUGAUUAUUGAUUCUGAUCUGCUUAUACUUUAAUCUGUCCUGGUAUGGAAUACAAGCUGCCUUGCCAAAUACCUUAAAGGAUGUCAGGCUAUCUAGCCUCCACUUACAGAUGGAAGACUCAUGCCUGUCAAAGCUGUAAAGUCAGCUUUAGCUUGAGCUGGCCAAGCAGCAUGUGGAUCUUCUCAACUACCAACAGGAAAGAAACCAAAACUGCAUUUUUUUAAUUGUGUACCACUCCCAAAGUUCUGGCUUCCAAAAAUCUGAGAUCAUAUUAAACCACUUUAGUUAUUAAUAUCUUAAGGUGGUCUGUGGAUUUAAAUUCUGCUGCUGAUGACUCUUUGCAGACCAAACCACAGUAGAACACCACUCAGGGUGGCUGGUAACAGCAGUAGUGGUAACUGAAGGAGUAAUAAAGUUGCUAGGGAAAAAAAAAACAAACAAACACAACUACAGAUGUUAGAACUUUUUCUCUAGGGAAGGGGGGAAAAAAAAAAAAAGAAAAGCACUGAGAAUAAUAAGAAACUGUAUUCUCAGCUCACUUAAGCCCCUUUCAGAGGUGCUAAGACAAAGGCACUAACUUAACUUUGCUUGGUUCCACUGACAUGCCUUGACUUCUAAACUGGAUGGUAACGAUUAGACUGUCAGAGGUGUUGUUUUGAAGUGGAUCAUGUUAAUUAACAGCCCACUAAUUAAAGGUCUUAAACACA